CAAUUUCUUCAUUUUCUUUUCCUCGAGUUCAAGGAAUCCAAGCUAGCUUUUUCUAUGUUUCAGAACUCAGAACAAGAUCUAUUCUUUCCUUUCUCAAACGAAAGAACCAAUGUUCCACAGAGAUCACUUCGCUCAUCCGCCACCUUCUUUCCUACAUAAACACCCUCUCGCCUCUCAGACACUCAAACGCCGGCUAGGAUUUUGGUCUGAAAAAUGUCGACAAUCGGAGAGAUACCGAUUCACACUGCUCCAACAAACCAGCCGACAAAGCGUCGCCACUCGGCUCGGGCUCGCUAUUAUGCGCAUCGGGUGCGUGACAGCCUGACGACACGUGUCUCCAAGUUCGUGUGCUCAAUCUUCUUGGUUCUGCUUCUGGUGUUGGGUGUUAUCUUCUUCAUCCUUUGGCUAAGUCUUCGCCCACACCGGCCCAGGUUCCAGAUCAGCACCUUUUCCUUCCCGGCUCUGGCCCAAGACAACGGUUACGAUAACGCUCAGGUAUCGUUCAACAUUACGAUCCGAAACGCGAACCAGAAUAUCGGCCUUUAUUACUACUCCAUGAGUAGCGUUCUUUAUUAUCAGGACCAACGUAUUGGAGGGGCGGCGUUACCGUUACCGUCAGCGUUCCCGUAUUACCAGGAGCCGAAGAGUACGUUAUCGAUAAAUGGGCAGAUGAGUAUGCCCACCACGUUGGAGAUAACAGGUGACAAGUGGACGGCGUUAAUGGCGGGUAGGGCGACGGGCACGGUUGUGUUUCGGUUGGACCUGACAUCGACGAUCCGGUUUAAACUUGCCACGUGGGAUAGUAAGCACCAUAAGAUGCAUGCCAGCUGCCAAAUUUCGGUGGGCCAUGACGGAAUGAUCUUGACCGUCUCCAAAGAUAAGAGGUGCCCUCUUUAUUUCAGCUGAUGACGUGGAUUUUUUUUA